GCCGAAGGCGAGAGCAGGUCCUCGCCGCCUGCUGCUGCUGCUGACUGCAGGCUGGCAAGGCCUGGCGGCCCCGUUGGCCUGGCAACCAGUUUUCCCCCUUGCCCCCGUCUCCUCGAUUUCUACGGCGUGUCUUGCGCGCUCUCUGUUUUUGUGUCUAUAUUGAUGCGCGACGGCGCAGAGCGCCGCGGUCUAGUGUGGCAGGAUCGGCAAGAGCACGACGACGGCAGCAGCAGCAGCAGCCGCCACCGGGUCUGCAUCGCCAGUCAGCUGAGAGACCAGUCGCCGUACCGCCGACGCUUUUGUGGUAGUACGACGCCGCCUGCCUUUUAAAUUGCUCUGUCGCGAAAGGAUCGGCAGUUCGCUGCCUCGUCGUACAUCUGUGAUCGUCGGGGCUGCGGUUUCGGCCGAGGUGUUCAAUCCCGAGAGCCGGAUAAUGAUAUGGGGCUCGAUGACACGCUGGUAUGGUAUCAGAAAAAGAUUGGUGCAUAUGACAAGGAUAUAUGGGGCAGAAAUUUAGAGCAGCGUAUCCUAAGAGGUGUCAAUGCGAUACCCAAAAAGACUGCCAGGAUUAAGGCAGAGCUUAUCGACAUUGACUUAGUUCGAGGUUCUACAUUCAAGAAGUCGAAGCCACAGAACAGCUGGCUUGCAUUAGCAACCAAUGGAGUCGUCAGAGUUUUAUUAUUUCCACUCUACUAUAGCUGGUGGAAGCAGCAAACUAGCGGUGGUAUCUGCGUGUUUCUUCUCGUCCUUUACUUUUUACAACUGGGCUCUCUCUGCUUGCACUCAUCGCAAGAUGAUGCUCUCAUCGCGGAGAACACGCUGACGGAGGUGUUGACGCCCAUAGCCAUGAUGCUGGUGCUGGGGAUCAUGCAUGCUCAAGUCGUGGCCACAUACACCACCAAUGGGCAGCUGAAACCCAUGCAGAGGACCAAAGCAAGGAAGAGGCCAAAGCGUAAAGUCAGGUCGCGCAGCAACUACGAAGGAAAAUCCUCUCCCGGGACAGCAUCUGAUGACAAGCCCGACAGCGUGUGGUCCGAAUUCCAAGCUAACCGUACGUCCUGCGGGUCUGCUGCCGAAAACAUGAGCCAUCCAGUUAGAAACUCAAGCCGAAUCUCCAUCGUUGGCGCGUCCAACAUCCAGAGCAACCAGCCCGACAGAGACGUGUUUCGACACAUGGAGGACCGAAAGAACUCAGACGAAGAGAGCGGUCUCGAGAGUCUCUCCAACCACAAUGGUCCCGAGGAACAGUACGUGCCCCAGGAAGUCCAGGACAAGCUGUCGAGCUUCAUAGAACCGAGCGGUAACUGCAGCCGCUCCGUCGUCCCGGAAGUCGACGGCCAAGCGACCGCCGCCAAGAGAGAGCCCAGCUCUGACGACGAAGAGUUCUUCGUCGCCAGGAAGCAGCGUUCCCGAAGCCACGACAUUUGUCAAGAGGCCAGUGACGUGAGUGGCUUCCCAACUCAGUGGUGCACGGCCCCGCCGAUCGAUGCCAGUCCCCACCGUUGCCUCGAAAAGGAGGCGGUGGGCCCGGACCUACUCAGCCGCAUGUGCGUGGAAGACGAUGAGGAAGACGACGACAAACUGGAGCCUCAGCGGCGCCGCUCAUCGCCCCCCGACCUCCCUCCCAAGAAGACUGUGAAGCCUGGCCUCCGUAACCGUCGCCUGUCGGCGAGCGUCUUUCCCACACUGCCGUCGAUCCGCCUAGCGCGGUGUGACUACAACAGCUCCUGCGACUCCGACAAGGACACCACCGUCCCCAACACUCCCACCAAGGUACGUGUCAAGCCACCAGCGUCGGAUAUUGAGUGGCCCCUGCUUUCAAACACCGACUGCAACGGCUACACGUCAAGUUCUGAAGGGCUCGACGGGGAUGAGGAAGAUGUUCCUGAGGAUCCAUUUGGGUUGGACGGUGCAGAGAAUUCUGGUCCAUUAGCUGGGGGACAGGCCAGCCUUGACAAAGUGAGCUGCACGAUAUGGGAAAACGGAGAGUGUAAGAAGGUCGACCUGUCUGUGAUGGACAUUGCAUCUGCCAUAGUCCACAAGGUGGAUUGCAUGAUACAUAGUGGAGAGUACGUCCUGCUGGGCCUGAUGCUUACAGCAGUGACCUCUACGUUGCCGCUGUUGUUCAGGCUACAAAGCUCAUCGGCUUUAGAAAAUGUUCAGUUGGACUCGGAUGGCCUCGUGUUGGGGCUCCCGCUGGAAGUGCGCAAGAUUCCCGAGGUGAUACAGGAUGUUCUCAACCAGACCCGAUGGAGUGUUUCGUCCACGCUUCUGACAAUCUCUCUCAUCGAGCGCUUCUUUCUCGGAGCCGUGUUUUUCUUCCUGCUGUCAGUUGCCGAGAGAACCUUCAAACAGAGGUUUCUCUAUGCCAAGUAUUUCUGCCACCUUACUUCAGCAAGAAGGGCACUGCGUUCAGAUCUCCCACAUUUCCGGCUGAACAAAGUGCGCAACAUAAAAACCUGGUUGUCCGUGCGCUCCUACCUCAAGAAACAUGGCCCCCAGAGAUCGGUAGACGUGAUUGUGUCCACAGCAUUCAUCAUCGGUGUUUGCAUCCUGUCCUUCCUCUGCGUGCAGUGGCUUAAGGAGAACGAGCAGUUUGCCGAGCGCCUCUACUGCUGGGAGAUGGUCUGCUGGAGCAUGGCCCUCGGCAUCUUCCUCAUGCGCUUCAUGAUCCUCGGCUCCAAGAUCAACAAGAAGUACCGCAACCUCUCGGUGCUCAUCACUGAACAGAUCAACCUCUACCUGCACAUGGAGCAAAAGCCACAUAAGAAAGAAGAGUUGAUGCUUGCCAACAAUGUGUUGAAACUGGCUGCUGAUCUACUCAAGGAGCUGGAGAGUCCGUUCAAGAUUUCAGGUCUCUGCGCCAACCCUUACCUGUACAACAUCACCAAAGUGGUCUGCCUCUCCGCGUUCUCGGCUGCACUCACCGAGCUGUUCGGCUUCAAGCUGAAGCUGCAUAAAAUCAAAAUCAAGUGAACGCGAAGAAACCAGGUUGUUAGCUAGAUGGUGUCAAGCCCCCACUCUGGACGAAAAAUAGACAUAAGGAAGAUGGAAGGUAGUGGCGAUUCGCGAGGAGGUGUGUGUAGGAUUGGCAGCAGCUUAGAUGCUAGGCUGUCAACGCCUCAGUUGUAAAGCACCCAGUCUCUCCUCGACAGCGAUACCAUGUCGAAACGUACAAAAGACCAAGUCUCAUUUGCCCCACUGGGCCCCCCCCCCCCCCUCCAUGUCAUUUUAACGUUCGUGCACAUCGUAACGGUCUUUUUUUUAGUAGAGCACAUGGUCCUGUCUCCAGGCACAAAUCAUGGCUACAACUCAUCCAAACCAAAGUUAGGCUUCCUGGCAUAUCCAUGUAGGCUCUCUAAAUCCUUUGGUUGUAGCUGGUCUCCUAGAGAGAGAGAGAGAGAGAGAGAGCAAGAAAGAGAGAAAAGAAAGAAAGGCUUCCUUGCAGUAACGUGAAGACUACUGCGUCUCAUGUGAAAUCUCACUUGCCCGUAGCUAGUCUUAUUUAUGCCCUUGUCACACGGGAAUAUUUAAUGUCGUAUGUAUAGAAUGACAUUCACAUUUAAUGUGUUUAGUUCACUGCUAUGCAGGUAUAUUUAGUGUCACUAGAUUAAAAACAUUUCCAAUGGUAUGUCGAGAGACUCCUUUGAUUUCUGCCAGUGUGUAUUGAACAUUUGAUUCACAUUAUUACGAAUCAAACUAAUGCAUACUCUCCAUGGAAUGUCAUCGUGAAAGAAAUACAAAAAUAACUGAAAUCAGCACAAUGUAUGGUCACAGUCGACCAGUUUUAAGGGUUUGUUGUGAUGUUAUUUUCUUUACUAGAAUGCUAGUGCAGGGUUUGUGUUCAGAGUCUCCGCACACAUGUUGUGGUCUGCCAUAUUGGCUAUCCCUGCUAGGCCCAGGUCUUGUCUUGACUUAGUAUUGCCAAGUAUUGCUUGCUUACGUACAAAAAAAAGAUUAAAGUGCCUCAGAUGAUUUAUACGAAUAUCUAAAACAACUUUUAUUAAUGUAUUGCACAAACAUUGCUAGCUUUUCUUUGCAACUUCUAUGACUUGCCUCAUCGCUGUCACUGUUCUACACAAAUGCUUGUCGUGUAGCACAGCAUGAAACGUAAUGCUAUUUGAUGCAUCAAAUGUAGUUUGUAACAAACUUCAUUAAAUUCUCCCGUGAAACAGAGGUGUUAUGCUCAUUGGUUGUUUCGCAGAGUGGUUAGUUAGGAGUGAUGAAAGGGUGUCAUGUUCCAUCGAUCGGGGCAACUCCUGCUAGGUUUGGCAAGAUAUUUCAUGUUUGUUCGAGCCUUGUCUUUUCCAACACCUUAUGAACCGUGCAAUGCUAACUAACCUUAGCCCGAUCCCGUGGGCCACUCUUUCUCCUCGACCCAAAUUGAUAAAGAUGUUGCUGUGUUGCUCAUAAUUCCUCGUUGUCGUAAGAGAGAAGUUGUGGUAUUUUUUAAACUUAUACACACACACACCUCAUUUUUUGCAGCAUUAUUUUUCUCCUUUUCUUCAUUGAUUUUAAGGUAUCCGUCAUGCUUGUGUGUGUUCUGGGGUAGGGGGGGAUUGCAAUUUCCCAUUGACUUAAGAUUGUUCAAUGUUAACAAGGACACCAGAUGUGGCAGUAUAAACCGGGGAAGGCUGGUGGUUGUGUUCCUGUGCCUGUGUUCUGGUUCUCGUUGAAUAAAAUGCUGUUUUGGCACAAA